CGCUUCUUCGACCUCACAAACAGCAGAGUACAGGAGUACGGGUGAUACAAUGUUCCUCUUAGCGAUGAUAUUCGUCACUGAGAGCGCCGUCGCUGUAACGGUGCCGUUGCCCACUUACCAACAUCAAGAUCCUAUCACCGGCGAGAUACUCACCUGUAACCGCUGUCCACCUGGUCAUCACAUGCACGCGCACUGCACCGCAACCCACCAAACCAAGUGCUCACCCUGUAAACCUGAGCACUUCACCCAGUAUUGGAACUACCUGUCAAAAUGCCUGUACUGCAAUAACUUCUGCGGAGAGAACGAAUUCAUCAAACAGGAGUGCUCACCUCUCAACAACAGAGUAUGCGAGUGCAAAGACGGCUACUAUCGGAAUUAUGGGCUCUGCAUGAGGCACAAGGAAUGUCCUCCUGGGUACGGAGUGGAGCAGAGAGGAACAGCGUUCAGAGACACAGGAUGCGCGAAGUGCUCGCCCAGCUCCUAUUCGUCCAGCAGCUCUGCGCUAGAGGCGUGCAGAAAUCACACUGACUGCUCGUCUCUCGGACUCGAGACGGUUAUGCAAGGAGCAGCCUGGCACGACAGCAUCUGCGCCUCUUGCGAGGAUCUCAAAGCUCGAGAUAGGCUCGUGUACCUCAAGGAGAUCCUCCCAGAUUUCUUCGCCCAUCAGAAGAUGAAGCUGCGCAAAAUGCAGAGGUUGACGAGGAUACUUCGGCAAAAGAACGGGAAAAAGCUACGCCAAGACACUGAGGAUGCUAACGCUCAAAAAGUUCUUCAGAGCGCCGUUAGUGAGUGGAUUAAAGAUGCCACUGAAGAGAGACUGAGGGCACUGCCAGAAAUUCUGAGCAAACUGAGACUGAACAAUGUUGCCGACAAGCUGGUGAGGAAAAUUAAUAGGGUGGAGGGCACUUACCUAUGCGGCAACGACAUCUAGUCCUGCCACGUGCACUUGCUAAUUUAUGAUGUAACAAUAUACCUCUCAUCGAAGCAGCUAUUUUGUUAGCAGUUUGAAC